AUGAACUGUCCCUCUCGCACCGACGAAUGCACGCUGGAGCAUCCCGAUUGGAACCAGAACCCGCCCUUCCUCGCCCCGGACUUGACGACCUGCGAGGACCUGAACGGUAUCGCCAACGCCCGCGAGCACCGCCGCGGCACCGACGGCACCGGCGACGGAUCCGACGGUCGGGGUGAUGACAUGAAUUACCAGACCCUACCGCGUCUGCAGCCCGAUCGACGGGCGCCCGUUUCGGGAGGGUGGAACCACGGAUUCCACCCCCGAAACAAAUACGUGCAUGGUGGUGAUGACCAUACACGUCUUCUCAAGGGUUCCGACCCAUCCCGCUCCAGCAUCUGGGGCUGGCUGAGCUGGACCCUUUCCGUCGUGGGCUGCUCAGCCAUCAUCUCGGCUCUCAAGAGUCCCGAGGCCGUCGCCUCGUUCAUUUUUGCAACCAAGGAAACCGCCCAAUCUACCUUCAAGCGCUCCGCUCGCGUCACCCGCCGCUCGACCUGCCCGACCGGCGGCCUCGGCGACGAAGACAAGUACAACACGCCCCUCCACGUCGGCGCUCUCUUCAUCAUCCUCGGCGUCUCCUUUCUCGCCUGCGCGUUCCCCCUCAUCGCCUCCCGCAUCCCGGGCGUCCGCAUCCCCCGCCCCUUCUUCUUCGCCGUCCGCCACUUCGGCACCGGCGUCCUUCUCGCCACCGCCUUCGUCCACCUCCUCCCGACCGCCUUCACCCUCCUCGGCAACCCGUGCCUCAGCUCCUUCUGGGUCGAGGACUACCCCGCCAUGCCGGGUGCCAUCGCCCUGGCCGGCAUCUUCCUUGUCACCCUCAUCGAAAUGGCCUUCUCGCCCGCCCGCCACAUGUCCCACACCCCCGACGCCUCCGUCCUCGGCCCGCACCGUCCCGAGUCCGCCGACGAAGACGACCACCGCGACCCGGGCUCCUACCCGCUCGAGAUGGCCCCGAGCCGCGGCGCCCGCCGGAACAGCAUCGGCCGCACCCUCUCCCGCAUCGGCCGCGACGACCAAGCGCACGAGCAAGCCGGUGACAGGCUUGCCAAGCGCGUCGACGAGGAGUCCCGCGCCGUAAUCGUCGGUGUCACCCACGGCAUCGUCCUCACCCCCGCCCAGCAGCACCAGAAGGACAUCCUCCAGUGCAUGAUGCUCGAGGUCGGCAUCCUCUUCCACUCCGUCUUCAUCGGCAUGACUCUCAGCGUCUCCGUCGGCCAUGAGUUUGUCAUCCUGCUCAUCGCCAUCGCCUUCCACCAGACCUUCGAGGGCCUCGCCCUCGGCUCCCGCAUCGCCUCCAUCUCCUGGCCUGAGGGUAGCCUGCAGCCCUGGAUGAUGGCCCUCGCCUACGGCUGCACCACCCCCAUCGGCCAAGCCAUCGGCCUCGCCACCCACCGCCUCUACAGCCCAGACUCCGAGUUUGGUCUUAUCCUCGUGGGCACGAUGAACGCCAUCUCCUCGGGCCUACUCGUGUUUGCUGCUCUUAUCGAGCUGCUCGCCGAGGACUUCCUGUCCGACGAGAGCUGGCGCAUCCUCCGCGGCCGGAAGCGCGUGUACGCCUGCCUGCUCGUCUUUUUCGGCGCGUUCGGCAUGAGUCUCGUCGGGGCGUGGGCUUAG